AAAUGUGUGAGUAUAAUUGACUUAAAAAAACACACAAUUUAUUCCAAGCCAAGUGCAUUUUUAUGAUCAUAAUGUUUGGUAGGCUAAUUGAGUUUGAACUGUUUUAAAAGGAAAUCGAUUCAUGCAUUUACAUAGGCAUAGUGGGCAUUGGGUUACACAGGCUUGUACUUGAAAGUUAAGGCUGCAUAUUAGGUGCAGUUUCGCUGCUGCUCUACUCUUCAAAACGAUACAUUGUAUGAUCUCCAUGGAGAUGGGGCCAGAUUUCCAACUGUUCCCACGAUCUCGCACCCAUCCCCCUCCAACCUCACUUCUAUGCAGAGAAAGGUCUCGUUCGUGCUGCAUCAUACUUUGCACGCGCUUACUUCGUAGAACUAAACACAGGAUGCAUUCAAAUUUCCCUGUCCGCAUGCGCGCGCACUGAUUUCCGAACUUGCGCCGUCAUGAACAAGCCCGUUUGCACGAGGCAAACAAGAGCCACCCCUCCCCCACCAAGUUCAGAGUAGAACGAACGAACAUCAGAAAUAAUUUUCAGUCAGACUGCCAGGAAGCAUCAUCUAGUCGUAGCCACGCCGUCGGAGCUGGAAUGAGAAGUUUGUGUAGUUUGGAGGAAAAAUGAAGAGGACAAGAAAGCGGAACCAUGUGGAAGAGCCAAGUACAGCGCUGGAGGAGAUUGUUCAAGAAAACGUCGACAUGGGCAAUAAAGGCGCUCCAGCCAGUAAAGCAGAUGUGGAUGAUGGCAGUCCAGCCAGUGAAUCGGAUGUGGAAGAAGACAGUGCAUCAGAUGUGGAAGAAGAGGUUUCUGAGUAUGAACCAGUGGAUACUGAAAGUUCUUCAUCAUCUGAAGUCUCGAACAAAGAAGGCAAAAAUCCAUUCAAGACUGGCAAAUUAUCACAGGAAAUACAUGAUGAGACAGAAGAGACGGAGCCAACAGAAAUACGGGGUCCUGUAGUAAAGAGAUGUACAAAACGUCCUGCUGGAGGAAGGAGCUGGGAUAAAAAGCACUACUGUGUCUACUGUCAGAAGCCGAACUCAAAAAUAUCACGGCAUUUAGAAAGAAAACACAUGAAGGAACUGGAAGUGGCCAAGGCGCUGAGUUUCCCCAAACGUUCGAGAAAGAGAAAGGUGCUCCUGGAGGAACUGCGAAACAAGGGAAACUAUCAACACAACGUCUCGGUCAUUCAAAACGGUGUGGGUGAGAUAGUUACAUCCAGACAGCCGUCUAUUACUGUUCCUGUAUCGGAAUACCUGCCAUGUCAGCACUGUCUAGGCUUCUUCGUGAGGAAGGAAAUGUGGAGGCACGAGCAAUCCUGCAAAUUAAAUGAGAAGAUGGGAGGGAAAAAACAAAAAGGAAGGAAGAGAGUCCAGGCUACGUCAUCUUGCUUGGUUCCGUUGCCAAAUAAUGAUGUUGGAGGCAUCAAAGAAGUGAUCUACAAAAUGCGUCAAGAUGAGGUUCAGCUGUACAUCCGCAACGAUCCCCUUAUCUUGAAGUUCGGAGACAACCUGUUCGUAAGACAUGGCCAUGAUCAGGCCCAGCAUGUGUACAUUGCGCAGAAAAUGCGAGAAAUGGGAAGAUUCAUGCUGUGUGUCAAGAAACACGUUCCCAGCAUUAAGACUUUGGAAGACCUCCUCCAUCCAGCUAGAUUUAAUUUGAUUGUUGAGGGAGUGAGACAGGUAGGCAAAUUCUGCAAUGACACCAACAAGUACCAAAACCCAUCCAUCGCCCUGAAAAUCGGAUACUCCCUUAAAAAAAUCGGAGAAAUUGCCUUGGGGGAGGCAUUAAUACUUGGUGAUGAGAUCCUGAAAAAUAAUGCCAAAAAUUUCCUGAAAGUGCUGAAAGCCAGAUGGAACACAUUUGUUUCCAGUCAUGCCUUGAUCACACUUCAACAAAGGAAAUGGAAUAGAGCGGACAGCAUUCCAUUGACCGAAGAUGUGAUGAGCCUACAGAAACACAUUGACCAAGUGGAAGAAGAAGCAAAACGAGACCUUGACAUAGACGAUGAAUCGGCAACUGCAUGGAAAACACUAUGUGAAGCUCUACUUGCUAAAAUCAUACUUUUCAAUCGGAGAAGGGAGGGGGAGGCGGCAAAAAUGUUGCUGGAGACCUACACCAACCGGAAUCAAGCACCUGUCAAUGCUGAUAUUCUCAGUUGCCUCACCAAGCUUGAAAAGCACCUCAUCAGCAAACUUACCAGGUUUGAAAUGCGAGGGAAAAGGGGGCGCAAGGUCCCAGUGCUUUUAACAGAACGCAUGGUCAGUUCUCUGGAGCUGUUGAUUCAGACGCGCACAAAUGUUGGUGUUCCUGCGGAGAAUCCAUAUGUCUUUGCACGGUUGGAGGCCAUGACUCACAUUCGAGGGAGCGAUUGUCUGCGAAAGUUUGCAGCUGAAUGUGGAGCAAAACACCCUGAAUAUUUGACCUCCACCAGAUUGAGGAAGCAUGUUGCGACGAUGUGCCAGGUGAUGAACCUGAAAGAAAACGAGAUGGACCAGGUGGCAAAAUUCUUGGGUCAUGACAUUCGCGUACACCGUGAAUAUUACAGAUUGUCAGAAAAUACUUUGCAGCUGGCCAAGAUUAGCAAGCUGUUAAUGGGAAUGGAAAAGGGAAUUUCAACCAUUAAUGGAAAAUCGCUUGAGGAAAUUGAUUUCUCAAUUGAAGACGACUCAUUGGAUGAUUACUCCAGCACGCCCAGCGCUUCUGCCUCCAGCAGUGAUGCAACAAGGUCAUUCAACAGCUCAGUCAGCUCCAGCCAUUCUUCCGGUCUGCCGUCCUCCAUCAGCGAUGCGUCAGGGUCCUCUCCAGUUGCUGCUUCCACUCCCAGGUCAUCCCGCAGUCAUCGUAAGCCAAGAUCUUCUGCUCCCAGACUUCCAGUGCCCAGCUCACCUUCAUCCAGCGUGGAUGAGCCUGCAUCAUCUACCUGUUCUGAUCGACCUAUGUCCUCGUGUAUGAGUGCACACAGCCCAAGAAAUGUGCCCAGCUCACCUUCAUCCAGCGUGGAUGAGCCUGCAUCAGCUACCUGUUCUGAUCGACCUACGUCCUCGUGUAUGAGUGCACACAGCCCAAGAAAUGGUGUAGAGAUGCCCAAGACGGUCCAGAAGAAAAGGCCCUGGACAGAUGACGAAAGAUCAGCGGUGUUGAGCAAGCUUCAGAAGUACAUCGCCUUAAGGAGAGUUCCUGGCAAGGCAGCGUGUGAUGAGUGCCUUCGAGAGCAUUCAGUUACAUUGCAGUCCCGAACAUGGAAAGACAUAAAAAACUUUGUUCACAACAACAUUCAAUCUUCGAGCAAAAAAUUACCUGGGAUGCUUACAUCAUCUGCAAAAAACUAAAGAAAUGUGUUGAGUGAGUUGAGUCAUUGAUCUAGUAAAGAAUACAGUGAAAUAAGUUAUGAGCUGUUUGAUCAAGUCAGAUUAGCAAAAUAUUUGUUUUUCCUCAACACAGGGGUGAAUUACAAGAGACAGCAUCAUCAUCUUGAGUUUUAUUAUGUUUUUUUUUGUUGUUAGAGCAUCUUUGAACACUCCUGGUCUGGCUCCGUCUGCUAGUUUGUAAUGGAAGCUGUAUUUUGUUUUAAAAAAAAAAAGUGUUCACUGCUAUUGAGUAAUGCAGGGCAGUGUGACACGUGCCUCAGAGAGCGUCUGGCUCCAUCUGCAAAAACUAAAAGAUGUUAUGUGUAAGAAUUGAAAUCUGUUGAAGAGAAUGUUCAAUGACACUGCUAUUGAGUAAUGCAGGGCAGUGUGACACGUGCCUCAGAGAGCGUCUGGCUCCAUCUGCAAAAACUAAAAGAUGUGUGUGAGAAUUGAAAUCUGUUGAAGAGAAUGUUCAAUGACACUGCUAUUGAGUAAUGCAGGGCAGUGUGACACGUGCCUCAGAGAGCGUCUGGCUCCAUCUGCAAAAACUAAAAGAUGUGUGUGAGAAUUGAAAUCUGUUGAAGAGAAUGUUCAAUGACACUGCUAUUGAGUAAUGCAGGGCAGUGUGACACGUGCCUCAGAGAGCGUCUGGCUCCAUCUGCAAAAACUAAAAGAUGUGUGUGAGAAUUGAAAUCUGUUGAAGAGAAUGUUCAAUGACACUGCUAUUGAGUAAUGCAGGGCAGUGUGACACGUGCCUCAGAGAGCGUCUGGCUCCAUCUGCAAAAACUAAAAGAUGUGUGUGAGAAUUGAAAUCUGUUGAAGAGAAUGUUCAAUGACACUGCUAUUGAGUAAUGCAGGGCAGUGUGACACGUGCCUCAGAGAGCGUCUGGCUCCAUCUGCAAAAACUAAAAGAUGUGUGUGAGAACUGAAAUCUGUUGAAGAGAAUGUUCAAUGACACUGCUAUUGAGUAAUGCAGGGCAGUGUGACACGUGCCUCAGAGAGCGUCUGGCUCCAUCUGCAAAAACUAAAAGAUGUGUGUGAGAAUUGAAAUCUGUUGAAGAGAAUGUUCAAUGACACUGCUAUUGAGUAAUGCAGGGCAGUGUGACACGUGCCUCAGAGAGCGUCUGGCUCCAUCUGCAAAAACUAAAAGAUGUGUGUGAGAAUUGAAAUCUGUUGAAGAGAAUGUUCAAUGACACUGCUAUUGAGUAAUGCAGGGCAGUGUGACACGUGCCUCAGAGAGCGUCUGGCUCCAUCUGAAAAAACUAAAAGAUUUGUGUCAUUGAACAUUCUCUUCAACAGAUUUCAAUUCUCACACUGCUAUUGAGUAAUGCAGGGCAGUGUGAUAGAGCGUCUGGCUCCAUCUGCAAAAUAAUAAAAGAUGUUAAUUGUGAGCAUUGAAAUGUGUUGCGAAUGUUCAAUGACAAUAAAUGUCUUGUACUGCUUGAACAGAUUGUCAGUGAUCUAUAAUAUUUAAUAGACUGAGAUAAUGGGCAGUGUGGUAGGCCUACGGUCAUUUCUAUGGGUUUCAUCAUUGACUAAUAAUUUAAUUUAUCACAAGUUUAUAUAUUUUUUGUCAUUUUGCUGAAAAAUCAAGUCAUAGUAAGAAAAAUACAUUUUUGAAAUCUUUCUAAGACCUUUUCAGGAUGUACACGUCUAACAAAAGUGUUAUGUGGAAUCUGACAGAUUUAUAAGAUGGAGAAACACUGCAUGUGUAGGGCCUACAUAAUUUACUGUAGACCUACAUAGGUCCACGUUAACCUUCUAAAGUAGGUCUCACAGGUCACAGCAACCAGAAGCAAUCAAGUGGAAGUCAUUGAGUGCAGGUUUGUUUCACAAAAAAGGUUAAUGUCAUACGUUUAAUAAAAUCUAUUCCAGAACAGUAAGAUGUCUUGGUUCAUUAUUAUUAGUAGUAGUAGUAUUGGAAAUAUCCAGAAGAGUAGGUCAAUAAUAACUGUAGCAGUACUUGUAGUAGGCCUAAUUUUAACGAUGAAGCGGUCGCAGCAGAUGCGUUCUUCACUGCUUGUCUAGAACUAGGUCAGUGGGUGUGUCGCGUGCAUUC